AUGCUUACUGUUAGAUACAAGUGUGAACUUAUGGAUUCGUAUGCUGUCUCGGAAUCUAAAUUACGUCAUUUAAUAGCAAAUUCCAAGGAUAUAUUAUCUGAAGCUUUAGUAAAACUGGCCUCUUUACUCAAACCUGAAGAAAUAAAAGCGAUGGCUGGAAAGACGAUAACAAGUGGUGCUCAAAAGUCUGAAACUCACCAAUCUGGAACUGGAGACUCACCGGCUGACACGAAUUCUCUUGAAGAACAACCACACAAUGUGACCUCGCCUAAAAGGAAGUCCAGUAACUUAUCAGUCCAUUUCACUAGAAAAGGUUCUGAUCGACCAAACUCAUCAGCACAGAAUACUGGUCAAAGCAAAUCUGAUGCAGCACGACGUCGAACAAAUAAAGGCCCAUUACCUCCAGUCGAUUGA